GUCUACGAGAUGAUUGGAGAACGAAAGCUUGUUCUAUAUUCUGUAUCGGAUUGUGAUGAUAGCAGACGGGCUAAAUUAGCUUUGGAUAAAUGCACUGCUGAUUCACGAAAGAGCGAACCGGCACCAGUUGGAAUGUUAUUGCGCCUAUAAAUGAAUUAGCUGUUACAGUUACAACAGAAUAUAUGGCUGCUCCGUUUAUUACGAUGGAGUCCCGCUGCCAUAUAUAGGCUACCUAAACUGAAGAAAAUCAUAGGAAGGUGUCGUGGUAGGAGUGUCGCGGUUUGUUUUUGUAGUUUAUAAUUUGUCUCGCUAAUUCUCUGUUAAUGUAAUUUAGUAGUAGAAUAACAGGUGCAUGUAUUCCAGAGAGAGACUUCUCCCUUCUCGAAACCCAACCUGCUCUACCACGUUGCAAUAUAACCUACCUACACCGUUGGCUAGGCAGACAUACACAGACUACAGUGCAGGUGGCUACAUUGUUGCUCUUCAUCCCCAGUAGGCUACUAAACGUCUCCUGGAGGAGAAGGACUAUUUCAGUUGGCGGAGGGAAGAAUGAAGGCAGACGAGGAAGCUCCUCCCCCCUCCCCGGGGCUGGGGGGUUCGGCGAUCCGGUGUCGGGAAGUGUGUCGGUCGUACGGUGAACUCAAAGUCCUGAGUAAUCUCAACUUGACCGUGCCACAGGGACAGAUCUACGGCCUGCUGGGUCCGAGUGGGUGUGGGAAGACCACACUGUUGAAAUGCAUUGUGGGAACACUGAAGAUCUCCCGAGGGCACAUCAGCGUGUUGGGGAAGCCGCCCGCAUUUCCUGGUCACCAGGUCCCUGGGAGGAUGGUGGGGUACAUGCCACAGGACCUGGCGUUGUACAAUGAGUUUACCAUCAGUGACACUCUGACGUUCUUCGGAAGGAUCCACGGCCUGUCAUCUACGGACACCCAGGCACGCAUGGACUUCCUGGUGGACUUCCUGGACCUACCUCAGAAGAGCAAACUAGUCCGAAAUCUCAGCGGAGGGCAGAAACGGAGGGUGUCUCUAGGAGCGGCCUUACUUCAGAACCCCCAGUUAUUGAUUCUGGAUGAACCCACAGUCGGGGUGGACCCUGUGCUGAGAGCCAAGAUCUGGCAGCAUCUAGUAGAGAUUGUGAAAACUGGAAAAGUAUCAGUCGUCAUCACCACUCACUACAUCGAGGAGGCCAGGCAAGCCAACGUGGUGGGUCUGAUGAGGAAUGGCCGACUGUUGGCCGAGGGACAUCCAGAAACCAUGAUGAAACAGCACAAUGCACCUACCCUGGAGAAAGCCUUCCUGCAGCUGUGUGAGACCUCAGACCAGGUGGGCUCCAAACACAGCACCUCCCCUCUGGGCGGGGUCCUAGAGAGCAGCCAAUCAUUCGAGAGCGGCCGGGACGAGAGUCAACCAAUCCUGGGAGUCGGGCCGGGACCAGUUGAAGAGCUGCCCAAAUACUCAGCGGACUGGAAGGUACGAGUCAGGCAUGUGAUGCCAAAGUGGAGGAACAUCGCAGCUCUGAUUAUCAAGACCACGGUGCGGAUGAAGAGAAUGCCAGGGUCCCUGUGUUUCCAGUUCCUUCUGCCAGUCAUCCAGAUCUCUCUGAUGUGUCUGUGUAUCGGAGGAGACCCCAAAGAAAUACAGGUGGCUGUGGUCAACAAUGAGACCUCCUCCAGCUCCUAUAGCCAAUCCCUGCUCUCCUUCCUGGACAACUCCAGCGUGCAACAGGUGAACCUGUCCCAUGCUGAGGCUUUUGCAGGGGCCUAUAACGGAGAGUACUGGGCCGUCAUCGGGUUUGGAAAGAAUUUUACCAGCUACCUGACCAAGAGGAUGAUCCAGCGGCAGGUCUCUAAGGAGGUGGUGGAUGGAGGGUCGGUGCACGUCUGGUUGGACCUGACCAAUCAACAGAUCGCCAUGAUGCUUCAGAAGAAACUAGCCGAUGCCUUUGAGGACUUCGUCCAGUAUAAGAUGGGGAGCAUGUCUUACCUGGUCUCUCUUCCUGUCAAGUUUGAGGAGCCCAUCUAUGGCAGCAUGAACUCAGACUUCACCACGUUUGUGACGCCAGGAGCCGUUCUGAGCAUCACGUUCUACCUGGCAGUGGGCUUGACGGCUCUGUCCUUCGUGAUAGAGAGGAAGGAGGGACUAAUGGACAGGUGCUGGGUUGCAGGUGUUAGUUCAUUGGAGACUGUGCUGGCCCAUCUCAUCUCCCAGCUGUUUGUCAUCAGCAUCCAGGUCAUUCUACUACUGCUCUUAAUGCUGCUCGUCUUCAAGAUCCCUAAUGAGGGGAGCCUGGUGUUGGUUAUAGCUCUGAUUGGGCUGCAGGGUGUGACUGGCAUCUCCUUUGGUCUGGUCAUCUCAUCUGCCAUCGAUGAUGAACAGAACGCCAACCAGGCUGCCCUGGGUGUCUUCUACCCCAACCUCAUCGUCAGUGGUAUAAUCUGGCCUGUGGAGUGCAUCCCCUAUCCACUACGUUACAUCAGUUUGGCCCUGCCCCAGACCUACGCUUCUGAAGCCCUACGAUGCAUCAUGUACAGAGGCUGGGGUCUCUCCAGGAUGAUGGUGUGGCGAGGCUUCGCUGUCACCCUGGGCUGGAACACUUUCUUCGUCAUCCUGGCCAUCGUCAUCCUCAAGCUGAGGACCUGAGACGUCUACCCGGGGGGGAGGGGGGCUUCCUAGUCUCAGGAUGUCUGUGUCGGGGGACACUGUGCUUUAAGGGAGAAAGUGCUGCUUUUCCAGAGGUCAUCUUGCAGACAGACCCUCACCCACACCGACACGCACAAUCACACCCCCUCCUCCCCCCUCCUGCUUGCCAACUAGCUAACCCUGAGAACCAGAGUCUAUGGGUGAAGGACUACUAGGUGGGGCGAAUCAUUCCAAAUCUUGCAGGUAGAACUCUACUUCAUAGAAAGGAUAGCGUUCGCUAUUCCAUUAGAGAGUUGUGGCUGCUCUUUUAUGUUGUCGUCUUUCAUGCUGCAAUGCUUUGAAUGUUUCAACCGCCUGAAUCUGCCCUGCAGGCAAUGUUUCUCAACCCAGUUGUUUUACAGCCUACUUUAUUACAUACAGCCCAGCUAGCACAUUUGGUUCCUUUGAAGUGGUAGGAACGUAUGUUUUUUGGUUUCACAUUGGUUGUGGGAAGGAAGCCAUAGUUUCCUGACCGGUAAAACUGAAAAGUUCUUCAAACAUUCUGAGAAGAGAAGUUCCAGGAACAAGCUAAAUUGUCACGUCCUACUUCUCUGAACUAUCUGAGAACAUUCCCAAUGUCAAACCAGUUGGAGAACAUUACCAACAUUGAAAUGAAAUGUAGCUGUAUUUGAACUUAUAUGAAACGUUGAAAUACAUAACGUAAUGAAAUACCAAAAUACGUUUAUUUUGUUGUCAAGUUCAUUAAAUGUGCUGAGAAUGUUCCAAAGCCAAUUAACUAUCCUGCACCAUUCCCGGGAAGUUGUGGGAAGGUUGUAUGCUAAAUAACCAUAGAACAACCACGCUCUGACCAAGCUCUAAGAAACCUAUGGUUCUCAGAACGUUAUGUGCUUGCUGGGAGUAUUGUCUGAUUCACAGUGCAGGGCCGGGCCAAGCUGUACUGGGCUAGCCUGGUGACGCGUCCACCAUAGCUGCUGAAACCAUGUUGGAAAGGAUCGUGUGAAGAGAAAAUAUCAGAGCCAAUAACGGUUCAGGUCGUUGCUAUAGUGUGAAUCAGACAUCAGUCCAACGGCUGGUGGAGCCAGAGAACUGAGGUUGAGAAACACUGUGGAGUAGAAGUGCUGAUCUAGGGUCAGGUCCUCCCUGUCCAUAAUAAUAAUGAUUUAUUGUGAUGCAAACGGCUAAACUGAUCCUAGAUCAACACCCUUACUCUGAGACGCUUGAUAAUAGGGUUCCUGAUCACUGUCAUGUAUGAUCUGACCUUAGGCAUGUUUAACUUGUACCACCUGUUCUCAACAUAACACUGCAUUGAUUGGAGGGUUAUAUUUAGAGUUGCUGUUGAGGGUUUAUGAAUAACCUCUUCUACAGUAUAUGUUGACGGUAUUUACACACAUGAUAGAGAGAUUUAUUAUACUAUAUAUUUCAUAUUUUUUGAGGGAACUGUGUGUAAAAAAAAGAAUACAAUUUGAAUGUUUUUGGUAUUGUGGUGUUACUGGAUAGAGCUCUUCUUAGCUACUGGUGUGUGGGUAAAGAAUGGCCAAGAAGGACUCCCGUUUCACAGACGUUUUACUGAAGGAUGUUCUCUGAUGAUGGGAGUUCCUGUUCAGUAGAUGUUCUUCUACAACUGGUGGCGACACCGGCUCUGUCCAGGCGCUCGGCCCGGCUCUGUCCAGGCGCUCGGCCCGGCUCUGUCCAGGGGCUCGGCCCGGCUCUGUCCAGGCGCUCGGCCCGGCUCUGUCCAGGCGCUCGGCCCGGCUCUGUCCAGGCGCUCGGCCCGGCUCUGUCCAGGCGCUCGGCCCGGCUCUGUCCAGGCGCUCGGCCCGGCUCUGUCCAGGCGCUCGGCCACAGAACGAUGUCCACGUCCGUGCGAUUAGCAUGCGAGCAAACCUCCCAGACAACUGACUAACCUCAUCAUGGCACGCCCACCAACCAAUGAGCGACUAGCAGAAGGUGGACAGUAGAACCCACGGGGGAGGAGCUAUCCCAUCUGCACUACAGUAUGGAUAGAAGUAUAUUUUGAUGAACUGAAAUGCUAAACUCAAUGUCGGACAAAAAAAAAACUAAACUUAUUUUUGUCCACCGCUAUUUCCAGGGGCCUCUGGGUCUGAAUUCAUAAAGCAGAGUGGAAGUGCUGAUCUAGGACCAGUUUUGCCAUUUAAAUCAUAAUGAAUAAGAUUACAUGGACAGGAGGGGACCUGAUCCUAGACCAGCCUACCAAUUCUGAGGUUAUUUGUGGAUAUGAGCUCUGGUCUCUUAUCUGUAUUUUGUUCUGUUUUGCUUCCUGUUGCCUGUUUUGACAGGAAGUGGUGACCCUGUCUCUCUAUUGGUUACCAGGUGAUCUAACCUCCCAGUAUUGGCUUGCUGCUGAAGUAGCCUUGGCUUCUGGUUAUUGGUGGAAUGCAGUAUCUCUGGAGUCUGUUGUGUGCCUGUGCUUGCCUCAUACCCCUUAUAAAAAAGGGCAGUUUGAUUGAUUGUCCUGACGGUGAUUGCAUGGGGCUUGUCCCGUCGUGGUUGACAGUUCUGUCAGUGGUCGUGUUUGUUUAUUGGGAUCCCUGUUAUCUUUUGCAGAAGCAGCAGCUACUCUUCCUGGGGUCCACCUAAAACACACAACAUGACAAGUAACAAAACACUGGUACACUGAUAGACAAGGACAGUCACACACAUCUAAAAAUACAUGAAUAUACAACAAUAAAUUGUGUGUGUGUGUGUGUGUGUGUGUUACCUGAGAAGGUCAUCAGCUUUUAAUUACUUUUGUCUUCCCAUCACCCCCCUGCUGCUGGACAGAGUGGUGGCUGCUGGGUAAAGCCCUUGGACAUGUACCACAGCAAAGAGUAUCCAGUCAGUUCUGUUUUAAUGACAUCUCUCCAGCAUGUCCACUCAUUGUGUUUUAUUACUGCUGGUAUAUUAUAAUGUAUUAUUCCAUAUGUGAAAUCAAAGUGUCCAACAACAGAUAUUGAGGUCUCUUAACUUCCCUGAGCCGGGAUCAAUACAUUUCUCUGAUCCAAUGGGAGCUCUCUAUAUAUUUCAGAGUUUCUAUUGGGUUUGGGGACGAUUGACAGCAGCCCGUGGUAUUCCGGGGGUUCUGAGAUUUCGUAUCUUGUAUUUCUAGUGUCCAUCCUUCGAAGUCGUGCCAUUGACCAUUAUUACUGAAUGAGAAAUAUGUUUACACGCAUCGAACCGACAAAGUGCUGAUGACUUGAACAGACAAAAGGCUGAAACGAGCUCACGGCAGAAGGAGCUAGUUCACGUCAUUCGGUUUCUGGUUGAUAAAUAUGAUAAUAGAGAAGGUACCAUGUUAACUUAUGAAGCUAAAGCAUCUACACCAGCAUGUGUGUUACUGAAAUUGAUUGAUGUUUUCUGAAGAAUUGUGAAUUUUAGACCGUAAGGCAACUUUUCAAGGUAACUGCAGAAGUUACAUUUACAGUGCUUCCCAAAUGGCACCCUAUUCCCUACAUAGUGCACUAUUUUUUUUGACCAAACCCCUAUGGGCCCUGGUCAAAAGUAGUGCACUAUAUAUAUAUAAGGAAUAGGGUUGGCAUUUGGGGUGCAUUCUUAAACGACCUUGUUUAACGUGGUAUAUUUUAGAAAAGUCUAGUUUGUAUUAUAGAGAGAGAGAGAGUGUUAUACAAAUCAAGUUUCAAUUGAGGAAAGUGACAUAAAUAUUUAUAUGUAUCGCAUUGGGGUCAAGAGGUCAAGGACCAUCACGGCUGAACCUUGGAGUUUAUUGAGUGUUAAUUCAUGUGGAACGCCAUAUUUAUUGUGUUUCCUGUUUUGCUCACGCUCCGUUGCCUUUUAUGUGUUUUGCUUUGUGCUGCUAUUUCCCACAUCUUAAGGGACACAUCCACAUUCAUCUGGGAUGUAUGUGUCUUACAAAUGACAUAACAGGUGUUAUAAACACGUGUGACUGCAGAUGACUUGUGACUUAUCUUAUGACGACUGACAUAACACAAACUGGAGUUGGGGUUGGAAAUCCAUCAAAUCCUUCAUUAGAUUGUAGCCCUGUUAUAACAGGCAUAAUAUAUAUAUAUAUAUAUAACCUGUUAUGUCAGCUUAUGACAACUGACUUAACACUGUCAUGACACCAAACUGUUAUCUAGGUCAGCUAGUUACCACUAGCCAACUAGCUUAUAGAUCAUUUUAAGACUAUUCAUGUCAUUUGUUUUGUCAAUGAUAUGUAGGCCUUAUGCCAGGGCAUAGGGUUCAGGUAACGUGUUAGCUGCCAUAAUGUAUAGGAUGCGUCCCAAAUGGCACCCUAUUCUCUACAUAGUGCACUCAUUUUUUACCAGAGGCCUAUGGGUACUGGUCAAAGGUAGUGCACUAUAAAGGCAAUAGGGUAGCAUUUGGAACACAGCCACAGCGUCAGCUCUGCUGGUGUCUGUGACUCUAUACUUCUACCUCCUCCAUGUUCCCCCCCAAAGGGCCUUUUAUAUAUGUAUUCAUACCAGACCUGGGUUCAAAUACUAUUUGGAAUCUUUCGAAUCAUUUCAUCCUUUGCUUUUAGCCUGUCUGGAAUACGAGAUGGGCGGGGUUUGCAGUUUUGCAACUAUUCUAUUGGUUCCAUUGUGCCAGGCAAACAUGAUCGAGCCCAGCUAAAGGAUUUUAAGUUACUGUAUUUUGAAUAUACUGAACAAAAAUAAGCGCAAGAAGUGUUGGUCCUAUGUUUUAUGAGCUGAAAUAAAAGUUCCCAGAAAUGUUCCAUGUGCACAAAAA